CUUGUCAUCAAGCCCUCGGAAGAAUUUAUGUCUGCCUCGCAAAAUAUCCUCACACGACCCUCACUGUUGUCCUCCCUAGUUCGCCUUUGCACCAUACAAAAUGUCGUCGAGGGCUCUGCGCAAAUUGCAAAGAGAGCAGGAGUUACAGCGGCAGGUCGCCGCCGCGACAAAAGCAUACGAAGAGGCGGAGGAGUCAGAGGAAGAUGAGCCAAGCCAGGCUCCGGCUAUUUCUAAGCCUGUCAAUGCCUUCGACAUGCUAGAGGGCGUUGAAGACGGUGAUGAAGAGUCAGAACCAGAACAACCACAACCAAACACACAUCCUUCCACCUCAGAGCCUCCAGCGCGCGAGGAUUCUCGCCUGGCUUCAACACCCUCUUCGAAAUCGAGGAAGAAAAAGAAGAAAGGCAAAGGGAAGGCUAAGGGCAAGGCAAACACCAAUGAGUCUACGCGACAGAAUGAAGGCUCUGGAGACGAAGUCGACCGAGCACUGAGAGAACUGGCGGCGAAGAACAACAAGGGCAAAGGAGCACCCACCGACUCUCAAGAUGCCUCUACCUGGGAGAGGACUGCCACCAAGUUGCUUGCCAUCGAAGAGAAGAACCUGAACCCCGUCAACGAGAUGAAGAGUCUCUUUGGCAACAUUGCCUUGGAAGGCCAAGAAGCGAGGUCGAGUCCACGCAAUCAACGACGACGCGACCAAAAUCAGCAAGGGGGUGUUGAUCUGGCAACUGCACUGACUGGAAGAUACUGCGUCGCCAGCAAAGGCAAGGAGCUGGGUGCUCUUGCACAUCGGCGAAAUGUGUUCGUACAAGGAAGAGAGGAAUGGCCACUGGCUACAAGUGGUGGCUUGAGUAUGGAAAAUAUUCCCGAUCCAGAAUCCUUCGAAAAGAAGUACAACAUCGUACACAACAACCUCUAUCAGGAGACUCAGGCUCACUUCCGCAUGGUGGUGGAAUCCAUGGAUCCGCAACGAAUGAUUGGAUUGCUCUCCAUGUAUCCGUACCAUAUUGCAACUCUGCUACAGGUCUCCGAAAUCGCAAAGCAUCAAGGCGACCACGCGGUGUCAGGGGAUUUGAUCGAGCGGGCAUUGUUCUCGCUCGGGAAGUCAGUGCACAGCUCUUUCCCUGCCUCGCUACGAAAUGGCAUUGCACGAGUACCUUUCGACAAGCCUGCCAAUCGAGAAUUGUAUCUCGCAAUAUGGCGCUACAUUAAGAACCUCGAAAUGAGAGGAACGUGGCGAACAGCUUUUGAAUGGGCCAAAAUUCUCCUGCAACUCAACACACUGACCGAUCCUUAUGGAGUCACGUUAAUGAUCGAUCAGUUUGCCCUUCGUGGGCGCCAGCACUCCCAACUGAUAGCACUAUGCUCGGACGAUGGGUAUGGGCCCGCAUGGGAUUUCCUAUCUAACAUUCAAAUAUCACUCGCAUUGGCUUACCAGAAAUCUGGCAAACCACGCGAGGCGAGGAGGCAAUUAGCCAUCGCCAUUCACAAAUACCCUUACAUUCUCUCCGCUCUUGCCACGGCUCUAGACAUUUCACCUCUUCCGAAGUCGUUGUGGGCGAAACUUCCCUCUACCGACGCCGAAAAACUCCACACGGAGCUCUAUGUCACUCGAGCGAAAGACCUUUGGAACACCCCGGAGACAAUUAGUCUGCUGGUGGAAGUGGCAGAGACACUACCACAUUACAGCGCUGACAUCGCCGCGGCGCCACCAGCACCAAAGCUUGAAGUCUCCCUCGAAGAAGCGCGUCAUGUGAUGCUUCUCGAGAUUCCGGCAUUGAUCGCAUUACUUCCAAGGCGAUUCACCAAUAUGCGGACGUCAUCCUCUGAUGUGUUACCUCCUCCAGAUUCACUUUCAGAUUUUGUCGCCCGCGCUCCAGGAGAGAACCCGUGGGGAGACAAUACUAUGCAAACCAUCUUCAAUGCUGCGGGAGCAACCGCAGGAGCCACAGGAGGGUUGCUACAAAGAAUCAUGAACUGGUUUCAGACUCCCGCAGGACCCAAUGACCAUAGUGGCGUGUCCGAGGGCGAAGCGGCCAUGCGCAAUCUGCAAGAUCAGCUUGGAGGAGACAUUCCACCAGAGAUGAUUGAGCAGCUUCUGCAGAUCCACUUGGACGACGCAGGCCAGGACCUUGAGCUUCCAGAGGGAGUCACGCCCGCUGGGCUCGGCAUGGCCGGCGGCUGGGACUAUUAUCAGGACGCAGAACAGAACAACUCGUCUCUAACGGAUAAUGACGAGGACGACAGCAUGCCAGAGCUGGAGUCAAUCCCAGGCGAAGAGCCAACAGCAGCACCCAGCAUGCCUCGAAACCCGCAUGCCGCCAUGGUCGAAGAAGACGAGGACGAAGACGAUGCCCACCCGUUGUCUGUAGCUGCUGGACGCGCAGUACUACGGCACGCUGACUCCGACUCUGAAGACGAAGAUACCUUGCCCUCUCUCGUACCUGCCCCUGCAGCUCCAGCCACCUCAUCUCGGCCAGCACAACCGGCACCGCAGACCUCGCCCCCAGAGGAUUGGAGUGAUCCACAACGAUUGCAGCGUUGGCUCUUGACUACGGGUCUUACGGACCUGCAGUCCAAACCCGAGACUCUGGCUCUCUAUGUCUCCCGUCUCAAGACUUUACGUAAGUCUCAACAGGACUGGGUGGUGAGCAUGGUACGGCAGCGCGCUGGGGCGAGUAUCGAGGCCAAAGUUUGGGAUGCUUUGUCUUGAGCUUGAAGUUUGGGCUUGAGCUGGGUCAUUCACGUGGAAAAAUAAUGACGAAGGAGGCUAUCUGCUCUGAGCUUCUGGGCAGGAUGCCUUGCAAGACCGAUAGAUACCGUCUGAAGACACGGUCCGAGUGUAUCUGCUCUCGCAGGAAACAUAGAUGGAUAGAUAGACAAUACCAUGUCCUACCAUGAACUCGUCCACCCACUG